AUGGCCCAGGCUCACUGGGGCUGCUGCCCCUGGCUUGUCCUCCUCUGUGCUUUGGGUGCCUGGGGCCACCCAAAAUCAGUGGACCUGACAGCAGAGGAUGUGAGAAACUGCUUAACCAGCCCUCCGUACCUUCCAGUUACUGUGGUCAAUACCACAGCACGGCUCGCAGACCUCCGCCACCAGAUGCACAUCAAGAAUCUUUCAGCCUACAUCAUCCCUGAAACGGAUGCCCACAUGAGCGAGUACAUCGGCACACGUGACAAGAGGCGUGCGUGGAUGACAGGCUUUACAGGGUCUGCAGGAACUGCAGUGGUGACCAUGGGGAAAGCAGGUCUCUGGACCGACAGUCGCUACUGGACCCAGGCUGAGCGGCAGAUGGACUGCAACUGGGAGCUUCAUAAGGAAGUUGAUACAACUUCCAUAGUCAUCUGGCUCCUUGCUGAGGUUCCUGUUGGAGGGAAUGUGGGCUUCGACCCCUUUCUCUUCUCCAUUGGUUCCUGGGAGAGUUAUGACAUGGCCCUCAUAAACUCUAACAUAAAACUGGUGUCCAUCACACCCAACCUUGUGGACCAGGCAUGGGGGUCAGAGAAGCCUCUGGUUCUGAGCCAGCCCAUUUAUGCCUUGCAGGAGGCAUUCACAGGCAGCACCUGGCAGGAGAAAGUAUCUGACAUCCGCAGCCAGAUGCAGAAGCAUCCCAAGGCCCCAACUGCCAUCCUUCUGUCAGCGCUUGAUGAGACGGCCUGGCUCUUCAACCUUCGUGGCAGUGACAUCCCUUAUAAUCCCUUCUUCUACUCCUACACAUUGCUUACAAACUCCUCUAUCAGCCUAUUUGUAAACAAGAGCUGCUUAAACUCUGAGACCCUGAAGUACCUCAACUCCGACUGCCCGGGCUCCAUGUGUGUGCAAGUCGAAGAUUACAGCCAAGUCCGUCACAACGUCCAGGCCUAUGCCUCAGGAAACGUGAAGAUCUGGAUCGGGACUAGCUAUACUACAUAUGGGCUCUAUGAAGUGAUACCCAAGGAGAAAUGCAUAGAAGACACCUACUCCCCAGUGAUGGUGACCAAGGCAGUGAAAAAUAGCAAGGAGCAGGCCCUCCUCAAGGCCAGCCACGUGCGGGACGCCGUGGCUGUGAUCCGCUACUUGGUGUGGCUGGAGAAGAACGUGCCCAAAGGCACGGUGGAUGAGUUCUCGGGGGCGGAGCUACUCAACAAGUUCCGAGGAGAGGAACAGUUUUCCUCUGGACCCAGUUUCGAAACCAUCUCUGCUAGUGGCCUGAAUGCUGCCUUGGCCCACUACAGUCCAACCAAGGAGGUGCACCGGAAGCUAUCUUCAGAUGAGAUGUACCUGCUGGAUUCUGGGGGACAAUACUGGGAUGGAACCACAGACAUCACCAGAACAGUCCACUGGGGGACCCCCUCUGCUUUCCAAAAGGAGGCAUAUACCCGUGUGUUGAUAGGAAAUAUUGAUCUGUCCAGACUCGUCUUUCCUGCUAAUACAUCAGGGCGAAUGAUAGAGGUGUUUGCCCGCAGAGCCUUAUGGGAUGUUGGGCUCAAUUAUGGUCACGGGACAGGCCAUGGCAUUGGCAACUUCCUUUGUGUGCAUGAGUGGCCAGUGGGAUUCCAGUAUGGCAACAUCCCCAUGGCCAAGGGCAUGUUCACCUCCAUUGAACCUGGUUACUAUCAGGAUGGAGAAUUCGGGAUCCGUCUUGAAGAUGUGGUCGUUGUGGUAGAAGCAAAGACCAAGUACCCGGGGUCCUACCUAACAUUUGAAGUGGUAUCCUUGGUGCCCUAUGACCGGAACCUCAUUGAUGUCAGCCUGCUAUCUCCAGAGCAGAUCCAGUACCUGAACCACUAUUACGAGACCAUCCGCAAGAAGGUGGGCCCAGAGCUCCAGCAGCGGCAGCUGCUGGAGGAGUUCGAGUGGCUACAGCAGCACACGGAGCCCCUGUCAGCAAAGGCCCCUCAUACGACCCCCCUAGCCUCUCUGUUGGCAGUCUUCUCUCUGGCCAUCUUCAGCUGCAGUGUCUAG